CCCGGACGUACAUCACGUGCUGAACGCUGUAUAUCAGUAAGAGAGAGCCUGUUGUUUAUAAACAUCUCAUUUUACGAUAAAAGGACACACUGCUCUCCAAAACACAGAGCAAAGAGAGAAUGCAACAUCAGUAUGGAAGCCAGCUGGCCACCGGACAAACCGUAACUACGACAAACGUGGUUAUUACACAGCCCAGCUCGACCGGGUAUCCUCUGAUGGUCACUACUCUCUACGGACACCGGCAAUGGUCAACCGGACUGUUCAAUUGUGUUGACGAUCUUCCCGAGUGCUUGCUGACAUUGUGCUGUAUGCCACUCGUUGAGUGUAGAAACGCCUCCCGUAUAGGCGAGUGUUGCUGCACACCCGUAUUGUGUACCGGGUGGCACUAUCAUAGUCAGAUCGAGGCUCCGAACCCUUGGAGGAAUAGGGGGUUCAGUGUGUAAUGACUGUUUGACCGUGACCUGUUGCGGCCCAUGCGCAGUUUGCCAGAUGUCGCGUGAAAUGGACAGGAUGGAAAUUCUUUGAUUCACAUGACAGUGGAGACAGAGGUGGUCAUCAUCAUCAUCAUCAUCAUCAUCAUCAUCAUCAUCAUCAUCGUCGUCGUCGUCAUCGUCGUCGUCAGCAGCAGCAGCAGCAAAUAUUGCAAACGUUUUACGACAGAUGAAGAUGUAUUGUGGAUUUAAUUCUGCUUGUGUUUUUUUUUAAUAGAGCAUUAAUGUAAAGUUUCUCGUUCCCUGGUCCCCAAUCUAUUCUUCGAUAACAUACUGGUAUGUCAUUCCGCCCCACUGAAUAACAUUUUAACUCUAUAAAACAAUGCUUUACCGGAAACAUUUGUAAUCUGAUAUGAUUUAACCAAUCAUUGGUAUUUAAUUGUCUUGUUAACACCAUGGAAGUGUAUCUCCGUCAAAGGUCUGUGCAUCUUUCUUACAUUCCAAUUCGUCUUGCUUAUACAUUCUUGAUGUAAGUUUUAAAAUGCAUUUAAUAUCUUAUGGUUGGCAUACUUUAAUUAAAUGAUGGGGACAAUGCGACAUGGUUUUAAGGGGGUAUGUACUAUUACGUCAUAUUCUGGGAGCCAUGUUGAUUAGCAAAACUUUCCAAAUAUGGACACUGUCCUGCAGUUCAGAGGAAAGCAGAAGAGAUCGAGUUCCAUGACUGUUCUUAUCUUGUGAAUCUUCUAAGUAAUUAUCUUAAUGAAGAUUCAACAUCCACAUAACAUUACCGGUUUAUGAAUGUAUGUAAAAUAAAAUGAAGAACGUAAAUAUAG